UGCCACUGCAGUGCUGAUUGUGAUUGAACACACACACACAGGCACAUACACACUUGUGCGUUUGGUAGCAUAGCUGGGAAGCAAGGACUGCAGCAGCAUGCAGCAGCCGUGGCUGAGCCAUUCAGGAACUGGAGGAAGGGGAUUUCAGGAGAGAAAAUAGAGUGCCAUCGCAGAUCCGCCUGCGUGUGCAUCUUCGCAGAGGUGGGACCGAUGCAUUUCAAGAGAGGGCGGCUUAUGUUAUCCAGCCUCCUCUGCACUGCCUCUGUAUCCGUUCGCCCUGCUCCUCCCACUGUUACUCUUCUUCCUCCCCUUCUCUACAGCAUCAUUAGACAGGACUACCAAUUGACCAAGACUGGCGAGUGGUUGAUAGUCAGGUUCUGCUCCAGCUGAAGGAUUCUUGCGAGGCUAUGCUACAUCUCCCCCUCCCUGAUGGCUGGAUUGGAACUGACACUCGGCGCUAGAAAAUAACCCUUACCCCAGAAGCAAUCUUGGAUGUGUAUGUUGCUCUUUACCGGUGUUGUCACUGGCACAUUUCCUCUUUUUUGCUGGUUGUUUUUGCCUUCUCUGAUACUGGCUAGCAGACACUGCAGCAUCAGGACCGCAACAUCCAUGAAGCGGUAGAGCAUGAGGACCCAGGGGCGACCCUAAGGAAGGGCUUGAAUUACUUCCAUUGCCACUACUGCUGAGGUGCUUAUCUUGACUUUUUUGCCCUAGAAGAGGGUGUCUGGUUGGGGGCUCGUGUGGUUGGUGACAGCACAGCUGAGAGAUUGGGACAGCAGGUGGAGGAGAAGAUGCUUAUGGCUCGAGACACGGCGCGGGAUGAGGCUCAGAAGCUACACAGGAAGUGGCUGAAGCACCAGGCCUUUAUGACAGAGCUGGCCCGCAAUAAGGAAUGGCUGGCCAAGAUAGAACAGGAGGGUCUUGAGCUGAUCCAGGAGAAGCCGGAGCUGCGCCCCGUUGUGCAGCAGAAGUUGGAGGAGAUUAGGGAGUGCUGGUCUGACCUGGAGAAUGCAACUAAGGCAAAAGCUCGCCAGCUCUUUGAAAACAACAAGCCUGAGCCAGCGGUGAAGAGCUACUCGGACCUCGACAGUCAGCUGUCCCACCUGGAGCAGCAGCCCCCCCAGCUGGAACAAGCACACCACCUACCCACCUUCAAUGAGCAGCUCCAGAAAUUCCAGGCUAUGGAGUCUCAGAUUGGUGACUUUUACAAAGAUGUGGGAGAGCUGGGAGGGCUGCAGGGGCUCAGUCUGCCCCAGCAAGGCCUGAUGGCUGGUGACAAGGAGGCUGCAGAGCAGUCGGGUGAGGUGGAGACCCGAAUUGUCCGCCUAAUCGAGCCCCUGAAGGAGAGACGUCGCAUCCUGCUGGCCUCCAAGGAGAUGCACCAGGUUGCCCAAGAUCUAGAAGAUGAAAUUCUGUGGAUCCAGGAGAGACUUCCUUUGGCCUCCUGUAAGGACUAUGGAAACAACCUCCAGAGUGCGCAGCAGCAUCUUAAAAAGAACCAGACACUCCAAAGGGAGCUGAUGGGGCGGCAGACUCGAAUUGAGGAGGUUUUAGACCGGGCUGGAAUCAUUGCCUCUCUUAGAACUCCUGAGGUGAACUUUGUGCGUGAAGGGGCGGGGCAUGUACGCCAGCUGUGGGAGGUUUUACAGCUGGAGACAGAAAGGCGAUCUGUGUUGCUGGAUGCUGCUCUACAGUCUCAGCAGUACUACAGUGAGGCAGCAAAAGUGGAGUCCUGGCUGUCAGGGCAGAAACUUCACGUUGCCAGUGAAGAAAAAGGCACAGAUGAGGUGAGCACCCUGCAGUUGCUGAAGGCCCACCUGGCUCUAGAACAAACAGUGGAAACCUAUGCAGAGACUGUAGGCAUGCUAUCCCAGCAAUGCCAGCGUUUAUUAGAACUAGGACACCCAGAGAGUGAGCAGAUUACAAAGCAGCAGUCCCACAUAGACCGGCUGUAUGUGUCCCUUAAAGACAUGGUGGAGAACAGGAAGACCAAGCUGGAGCAGCAGUACUGGCUCUAUCAGCUGAACAAGGAGGUGGAGGAGUUGGAGAAGUGGAUCACUGAUCAUGAGGUGGUUGCAACUUCCACCGACCUGGGCCAAGACCUUGAGGAUGUAACGGUGCUUCAGGAGAAGUUCACCAAGUUUGCCUCAGAAACCUUCAGCAUUGGCGAGCAGCGUAUGGAGCAGGUGAACAAAAUGGUUAAUGAGAUGAUUGACUGUGGUCACUCAGAUGCAGCCACCAUUGCUGAGUGGAAGGAUGGUCUGAAUGAGUCAUGGGCUGACCUCCUAGAGCUUAUGGAGACACGCAGGCAGAUGCUGGCAGCAUCACACCAACUGCACAAGUUCUUCACAGACUGCAAAGAGGUCUUGGCUCAGAUAGCAGGGAAGAUGAAGCAGCUGCCAGAGGUGAGGGCGUGCCAGGCCAACAUCACAAAUCCAGCAACCCUGCAGAGACUCAUGCACUCCUUUGAACAUGCCCUUCAACUGCUAGUUGCACAGGUCAGACAACUUCAGGAGAACGCUGCCCAGCUGAGGACCAUUUACGCUGGUGAGAAGGCUGAGGCCAUCAUGGUGAAAGAGCAGGAAAUUAUGGAGGCAUGGAAGGAGCUGCUUAGCUCUUGUGAGGCUAGUCGCAUCCAGGUGACAUCUGUUACUGACAAGGUGCAAUUCUUCUCCGUGGUGCGUGAAAACCUAAUGUGGAUGGAAGGCAUCAUGGGCCAAAUAAGAUGGGAUGAGCCAAGGGAUUUAACAGCUUUGGAAGUGAUGCUAAAACAACACCAGGACAUGAAAACCAAAAUAGACGGACGCAGCAAGACGUUACAACAGUGCACAGACCUUGGCAAGAUUUUGAUAGCUGCAGGCAACCCUGCAUCAGAGGAGAUAAAGGAGAAGUUGGACAGCCUUUUGACGAAGCAGAAGGAUCUUAUAGAAAAAUGGGACAAGCACCAAGAAAAGUUACAGCACAAGCAGGAAAGGUUUCAGUUUGCUCAGGAGACUGUAAAGGCAGAGGCCUGGCUGAAAGCCAAGGAGCCACUGAUCACCUUCAAGCAACAAGGGGUAGAAGAAGCUCAUGCUCAAAGCGAUGAGGUUGAGCAGCUCAUACUUCGCCACGAGGCCUUUCGCAAGGCUGCUGUAACCUGGAAAGAACGCUUCAGCUCUCUUCGCCAGCUUUCUGCAGCUGAAAAGACAAAAGAAGAGGACAAAAAACCAACUCCACUUUCUAGUCGAAGGAUGUUCCCAUUAUCUUGCCUGACUCCUAGUGUUCCAUCAAGUGCUACCUCUUCUUUCUUGAGGCAGACAAUACAGGCUCAUGUAGAGCCCAAACCUUUACAGACUAGUUUAGAUAUGGGUGCCAGCUCAGCAUCACAAAGAUUGUCUACAACAUUAGCUAGCUAUAACCCAGUCAUAAAUGGAUCAAGUUACCAUGGAAUGGACCAGCAGCGCACUGGGAAGAGUGUAAACAUUCCAUACCUAGGAAUGAGCCAACAUGUGGCUGGGGCUGGAAGUGAUUCUGGUUUCUCUGCAUCCCAGAGUGGUGGACCAGACACAUCUAACUACCAUGGGAUAAAUCACCAAACUCCUGGCAGUGCAGAGAGUUCUGGAUAUUAUGGAGUGACCACUGGAUGUGUAGGUGGUAUUCAAAACCAUCUAGGCAGUGGCAAGUUAGGAAAUCCAAUUAACAUAGCCCAGCCAAGCAGUGGAGGGCUGGGGAGCCCUGGCUUUCUGUCGCAACAAAAUACGGGCAGUUCUGGAUAUUUGGCACAACCCCAGAAUUUGGGAAGUUCAGGAUAUUUGGGACAGCAACCAAAUUUGGGAAGCUCUGGCUAUUUGGCACAACAAUCUAAUAUGGGUAGUUCUGGAUAUUUGUCACAUCAGCCUAAUUUGGGGAGCUCUGGGUAUUUAACGCAACAGCCGAACAUAGGGAGCUCUGGGUAUUUGGCUCAACAGCCUAAUAUGGGGAGCUCUGGUUAUCUGGCACAACAGCCUAAUAUGGGAAGCUCUGGUUAUCUGGCACAACAGCCUAAUAUGGGGAGCUCUGGGUAUUUAGCACAGAAUUAUCAGAGCAGUGGUGGUCUAGGAAGCUCAAGCUAUCUAGCACAAAAUAAUUACAGCAGUGGAAGUCUAGGUAGCUCUGGUUUCCUGGCGCAGAGUGGAGGCAUCAUGGACCCUAAAAUGGCAUAUGCAUGGCAGCACCUAAAAGCUGACUUCAUGCAGCCCAGGAUCAAUCACAUACACAAAGCUAUAAACCCUCUCCUGGAAGCCAGCAGACUGCAGCGAGAGCAAUUUGGGGAUAUUCCAAUGGCAGACAUGAUGGGGCCAGAAUCAGGACUGGAGCUUCUUCAUGGUCGCCUCCAAAGAGAUCCCAGAGGCAGUCGCUCUGAUCCUCAAAUGGACCACCUGAGACGAGAGAGAGAAUACAAAUUGGGAAGACAAACCUCCAGUGAACAAGAAAUCCAAGCCAGACUGAAUGAGCUGCCACUUAUUGUACGUCAGGAGCGUUACAGGAGGCGCGUGGAGAGGCAGUCAUCCAGUGAACAAGAGGGAAGCAACAAACAGAGGAUACAGAGACAGGAUUCGAGUGACCUAGAGGGCUCUGUGAAGGAUGGCUCUGACAAACGCUCUGGGGAGAAGAGAUCCACUAUGGCAGAGAUUGUAGAACAAGUUCAGGAAAGAGAGGCAGCGCAUGCACGCGGAGAGCCCUAUCGACCUCCUAGCAGCCUCUCAGCUCCUGUAACUCGUUCUGAUGGACGCCCUCGAGCUCGAGAUCGUCCAAAACCAAGGAGGCGUCCCCGGCCAAAAGAGCCAGAGGGAACUCGACGUUCUCGAUCAGCCCCAGCAACUGGUGCCCCAACAACACCCCAACCACCUUCACACACUGCCCAAAACGAAGGCUUCCUCUACCGUAAAAAGGCCACCAGCAGUGACCUUGAAGCUCAGCAGAGGAGUCCCAACAGCAAAUCCUGGGUCCAAGUGUAUUGUGUGUUGAAAGAGGGACAGCUGACGUUCUAUAAGGAUGCUAGGAACCACAACACAACGUACAAUGGGGAGCCUCCUGUUGAACUCUAUAACUGCUCAUUUGAUCCUUCAUUGGGGUACAAGAAGAAAAAAAAUGUCUUCAUACUGCAAGUGAAUGAUGGAACCAACUUUGUAUUCCAUGCAAGAGAUGAGGAGGACUUGAAGGCUUGGACUUCAAAUAUCACCAACUCCAUAACUGAACAUGAGUCGAUGGCCAAGUGGGACAAACCAGGCCCCUCGACCAUGGACCCCGAUCGCUCAGAAAGGAAGGAGAAGUCAGAGGGGGAUGCAGAUAUCCGGUCAGAAAGGUCUGAGCUGGUGGAGGGGGAGGAGAGGUCAGAGAAAGAGAGGUCAGAGAAGGGCGAGGGCUCUGAGAAGUUAGACACAUCUGAAAUUGCCGAUAAGUUUGAAGGUGGUGCAGGGGGGUCCAGCACAUCUGGAAGAAGCAAAUGAGGAAUCCCUUUGUGUCUUCAUGUAAUUCACUGACAAAUGGGAGGGGUGGACAGAGAGCAUGUUUGCAGACCCUCAGCCACAGAGGCUGAACACACUGAGGCCACGACCACUCAGCUGAUUCUUCUAACUGUGACAGACACAUCCUCAGCCCCUCCCCUUCACCUGGGCAACACAUCAGCGCUUGUAUAGUGCCACCUGCUGGUUGAAAAGGAGGUCGACUGAGAACAACAGACAGUCUUUAACAAGGUGUCCCAGGAUUUUGUCACUGUCACGUUCCAUUGUUGAUCAUUUGGAUUCACAGAAUCUUUCUGUAUGCAUCUUUGAAAUUGUAAUGCUGUGUCUGUCAGGACAAACCUGAGGUGUUGGAUGAAAUGUUUCACAUUAUUAAAAAAGAAAAAACAUUUUUGAAGCAAUACACUUUUUUAUUUUUUCUCUUGGUCAGAGAAUGAAAGAGGGAGCUGAAGCAAAAGUAAUGUGAGAACAACAUGUAAAGUCUAUCGUUUGUCACGUUCACUUGAGCUUGGUCCAGGAGCACCUUAGACAUGUGUAUAGUAUCAUAAAGGCAUUUAUUCCCAUCACAUGGCUAGCUUUGAACCCUGUUAAUAUAAUGGAAUGCUGGUGUUUCCAUCUCACUUCAGUGGAUUCAAUGAAUACACAUUUCUACAAUUUAUUUUGAGUUGUUACAGAUGUCAUUGAAAUUAUUUAUUCAUGAUGUUAAUGUAAAAAAGAGCUUUCUAACAAAUUCCAAUCCAUCAAACUGUGUUGUGUUUGAAGGGACAAUGCUCUAGUUACACUAAGCCAAUGAGAACAAUGCUUUUGUACACGACGAGAACCCAAACAUUGCAUGAAACUGUCUGUUACUGCACCUGUUAAACUUGACUUUAUUUUCCUGACCUUGACAUUAGUUGGGCAGUGUAGGAUGUGCAAUAAUUAAUUGUGAGAACUUCCAUCCUGACUCCUUUAAGUCAAGACAGAAGUUUGACAAAGCAGGGUUGUCAUCUCUUCUUGGUGAGCAUGAGAAGAGAGAGCUGCAACCGCCAGCUCUCCUUUACCUGGAAGACGAUUUACAAUCCAAACAGCCCCUCUGCUGUUUGGAACAUGUUUGUUUUUGUCCACAGAAUGUACUGGCAUCAGCUGUGAAGUGUUCUGUCACCACCAAGUCUGUGGUGCCCUAAAUUGUAAGCCCCUAAAGCCAUCAUCUGUGCCCCCCAUCUAAGGCUAGAACAGAUUGCCUCUCCACCAAAGGCCAGUUACCUGUAAAAUUGUCACCAUUCAAGUGAUGAGUUGUAUAUAGAUACAUUUGUAUGUAUACCAGUAAACCCUGUGCUCUAAUAAAACAACUCUGAACUCUUAACUGAAGUGAGUACAACUUAAACAUUUGUAUUUAAGCCACAAAUAAAACAGUCAUCACUCAAGCAAAUUGACGUUUAUCACAUUUAAUUGAAAAAUAUGCAAAUUAAGAGUCACUGUUACGUAAUAUAGCGUGUAUAUACACCAACACCACUAUCUAUUGAUAUUAAAGCCUUUGACUAGGGAAGAGCAGCAGGACAUACUGUAGGUAUGCUUCUUGUAUUUUUAUAUACCUAUAUUUAUUCAUUUCAGAUUCAGGAAUUGUCCCCGAGCCCUAAUGUAGUCUUGUUGAAAUAGCUGUGUGUCUGUGGCAUGUGUUACAUGUGACCAACAAAAUUAGCCCAAACAGCUCCGUAGGUGUCAGUGUGAUCUCUGAGAGGAACACUGGUCUAGGUACAGCUUCUUAUCAGACGUUUUUACACAUGUGGCUAUGAAUGAACUUUCUGAAUUGUCCUAAAAAUGUUGCUGUUUUGCUUACAACCAAGAAAAUGGAGACGCUGCACAUCCACUGUGCAGCGGUGCAGCCAACAGUCCUUCCGAUUUGGUUGCCAUGGGCCUCUUUUUCAUUUUCCAUCAUUUGAGAUUGCACCUUAAAUGUGUGAUAAAGACUUCUUAACUUGUCUUCCUUUCUCAAAACACCAAAAUGACGUGUGAGCGGUAGCACUGUCUGAAAACCCCAACAGAAGAAUGGUGGCGAAACGCCUGCUGUUACCUGCAGAAGAACGAGAUGCUGGUCUCUCACUGUUCGUUCUUACAUAAGUGCCAUGUUAUCCAGUUUGCUGGAACAGUGCUUCAGUGGAGGAAACCAUUGGUGGUUAUUUACGAUCUGACAAUGAAACCCAUUAUUCAUCAUUUUAAUGGAAUUGGGUGAAACAGUUAUUUCCUGUGACUGUAACUGUCCUGAUUUGUGGCAGAUAUUAGUUCGAUAUCAUCAUGUGCAUUUAACGUGUUUGCCUCUCAUCACUUUUAUGAAACACACAGGGAAUAUUUACAACUAUGUAAGAAUAAAGCAGUCAGUUAGAUAGGCAACUUAAACCGUGACUGGAGAAAAAAUAUUGUGCAGAACCUUUUUCCAUGGUCUUAAAAGUGUGUAUGUCUUUGUUAAUUUACAUUACAACUUGCUGCUAUGACAUUAAAUAAACCUUCAAACUU